CCCUUGCGCAUUACGAUUUUGUCUACGAUCCGUAUUCUUUUUAGAAGACGCAUAAAGAUUUUUACGGAGACGAAAGAAUGCCAUGGAUGGAAACGUCCAUACGUGCACGUGUGUGUGUACACAAACGUAUAGAAAACUAACGAAGAUUCUGUUUUUUUUUCGCCACGCCCUCACUGGACCGUGACGUGAUAGAUAGACGCUUGUAUUUUUGUCUUUCCAAUAUAGAUAAACUAAACAAAAAAAAUGUCGAUAGUUAAAAAAAAAAUGUCAUAACAAAAGCAAGUGUUUGCAAGCGCUAAGGCUUGAUUUAUGUUGUUUAAAAUAUUAUUUAAAAUAACUUGUAAUAGGAACUGCUGAAGUGGCGAUAUUUUAUUUUAAUAACAUAUAACUUCAACUAAACUUUGUGUUCACUAAUUGAAAUAUAAUUACAAAUAAAUUUGUUAUAACCUCUAAAGAUACAAAAUGGAUCCUGAAAAGCUGAAAGAAAUUGGUAAAAUAUGUAUACCUGGUAUGAGAUUAAGUUUAUUGAAUAAAGAAUUUAUAUCUGGUCCAGGAACAUAUGAAUUAAAAGGAUAUAUCUAUGCCGCUUUGGCUGGAAUAUUGAAGAUGGAGGAGGAUGAAAAAACCAAGGUAACCAUAGUAUCUGUAGAAAGCCCAAGAACACCAAGUAUUCUGCCAAAAACUGGUGAUAUAGUGACAGCCAAAGUAACUGUGGUCAACUCUAGACAGGUGCAAUGUGUUAUCCUUUGUGUCGGACCUUCAGUGUUGGUCAGACCUUACCGAGGGGUGCUGAAGAAAGAAGACAUAAAAUCAACAGACAAAGAUAGGAUAGAUCCAUAUAAGUGCUUUAGGCCAGGAGAUGUCAUACUCGCUAGAGUUCUACCAAUGACAGAAAUACACUGGUACCACCUCUCAACAGCAGAGAAUGAACUUGGAGUGGUGAUAGCGACAGCAGAAGGUUCCCCACAAGGAGUGGGUAUGGUGCCUAUCAGUUGGUCCGAGAUGCAAUGCCCCAAGACUUUGGUGAAGGAGCCUAGGAAAGUUGCCAGAGUAAUUCCGGAGAACAUAAACCAAGCUUUGUUCCCAAUGGAUAAACAAAAUGAUAUUAUGGAAGAAAAUACAAAACAGCAAUCUUGAUGAAUACAAUAUUUAAUAAAUAA